AUGUCGCCCAGCGCGCUCCCCGCCAAGAAGUCCUACAGCAUCGCCUCCAUGGGGGCUGAUGGCAUCGGCCCGGAGGUCAUCGACGCCGGCGUGGAGGUCCUCAAGGCGCUCUCCGAGACCCUGGGCACCUUUGACCUCGACUUCACCGACUACGACUGGAGCUCCGAGACCUACAAGAAGACGGGCAAGUACAUCCCCGAUGGCGGCCUCGACCAGCUCAAGAAGCACGACGCCAUCCUCUUCGGGGCCGUCGGUGCCCCCGACGUCCCCGACCACAUCUCCCUCUGGGGUCUCCGCCUGGCCAUCUGCCAGCCCUUCCAGCAGUACGCCAACGUCCGCCCCACGCGCGUCCUUCGCGGCACCCAGUCUCCCCUCCGCAACUGCGCCGAGGGCGACCUGGACUGGGUCAUCAUCCGCGAGAACAGCGAGGGUGAGUACGCCGGCCAGGGCGGCCGCUCUCACCGCGGCCUCCCCUGGGAGACUGCCACCGAGACGGCCAUCUUCACCCGCCACGGCGUCGAGCGCAUCGUCCGCUUCGCCUUUGAGACUGCCCAGAGCCGUCCCCGCAAGCUCCUGACCUUCGUCACCAAGAGCAACGCCCAGCGCAAUGGUAUGGUGCUCUGGGACGAGGUCGUCUACGACGUCGCCAAGGACUUCCCCGACGUCACCCUCGACAAGAUGCUGGUUGAUGCCAUGACCACGAGGAUGGUUCUCAACCCCAAGAGCUUGGACACCAUCGUCGCCACCAACCUGCACGCCGACAUCCUCUCCGAUCUGGCCGCCGCCCUCGCCGGCUCCAUCGGCAUCGCGCCCACCUCCAACCUGGACCCCACGCGCAAGAACCCCUCCAUGUUCGAGCCCAUCCACGGCUCCGCCUUCGACAUCACCGGCAAGGGCGUCGCCAACCCCGUCGCCACCUUCUGGACCGCCGCCGAGAUGCUCGCCUGGCUCGGCGAGAAGGACGCCGCGGACAAGCUGAUGGAGGUUGUCGAGAGCGUCACCGGCAAGGGUAUUGUCACCGCUGACCUUGGCGGCAAGGCGACGACGAAGGAGGUCACUGCCGCUGUUGUGGCGGAGAUCAAGGAGAAGCUUGUCAAGAAGGCUUAG